UUUACUUUAAGUAGCAAACGGAUGUUACAACUGGUUAAACAUUUGAAGCGGCCUUCACAUACAUCAGUCUGGUGUUGACCACGGAGGCAAAACAACCAUGGCAGCUGUACUAAAACUGUGCGUGGUCCUCAUCUGUCUUGGACUGGUGGAGUCACUCGUCUGGCUCUGCCAAUGUGACGAGUGCACAGUAACGGAGCGUGUCUCGUUCAAGAAACCUAUAUACACAUCAACAACGUAUUGUCAAAGAUAUACCACACGUUGUGGAUUUCUGGGAUGGGGAAGGUGUACCAGAUACCGAACCGGCUAUAGGAGAACUUGCACUGGCUAUACCAUUGGCUACAAGAAUAGGUUCGUGUCUUGUCGACCCGGUUGCAUGUGUUCAGGGCCUUAUGGCAAACUAUUGAAGCCAUUUAACUGAAGCUUCUGGACAUAUUCCAAUGGGUUUAACCGAAUCUUCUUGAAUCAAAGCCAUGCUGAACCAGAUCGUGAAUACACCCUGCCUUGUCCUGUCACCAACAUUCUCUACAAGAUCAACAUCAAAGUUGUAGUGCAGUAUAGAAUUUUAGAAAACAUUUAUACAUAUAAUUAUAAAAUGGUCGUUAAGACAAUGAUUUUGUGAAAGUUAUUCCAGAGAGUUCCCACCAGAGAAACAAUUUAAUGCCUACAUGUACAGUCACCCAAAGUAGAAGACUUGUCAUGUGUUUGUUUUUCUCUCAAUAUUUUUAUCUUUUGUGUUUAGACGGUAGAUUGUUUUUUUUAGUUUCCAUUAAAAGCUACAGUGUCACGUUCA